CCGACACCCAUCUACUCGACAACUUUCAAAGCUUGCGAUUUUUUCAUAUCACUGUACUGGCAUACUAUCCACCGUUGGCAGCUUUUCUAAAGAGCCCCGUGUUUUUGACAUUUUUGACCUGGCCGAGACAGCGGAUCAGAGAAGAUUUGACAGUAUAUUUUCCUGUCCCUAUGAUCCAAGCUAUAAAGCGAAAAUUUCCCAUCAAGUGAUUGACACAAGGAGUUGCACAACUCGUCUUAAUCUACAGUGAAAAGUAAUCAAAAUACAGUCGCCUGGACAUAUCCAAAUUCUCUGACAGUCACCUCAAACACGAUGCGGUGGGUGUCUUCCAACAUCCGCUCACGGUUUGCUCCACGAGUACAGCUACAGUUGCGAACUGUACAUGCAGGGGUGCGAGGGUCGACGAUCUCAAUGGUCAAAGAGCCCUGUGUAACACCAAGAUUGAAUCGCCCAACAAGUCCCCAGCAGCGAAAUUUCCUUGCAAAUUACCUCUCAACUCCAGAGAACCUCACCAAGGGUUCAAGAACUAAUCACAGACCCCGUCUCCCAACUCACUCUCGAUACAGUCUGAUCCGAUCACUUUCAGUCACCAGCAGCCAGCGAACAACAUGGGGUUUCGUUGGUCUGGGGCAGAUGGGUUAUCCCAUGGCCAAGAACCUUCGUGCCAAAAUACCAACAUCGGAUACUGUAAUAAUAUAUGAUCUCAACGCGAACGCGACGAGAAGAUUUGUCGAGGAAAUUGGUAUUGUGACUUCGACCGCGUCAACUGGCGAUAAGAAUAUUAGAAUCCAUAUCGCUUCGUCUCCUCGAGAAGUAGCUGAGAGAGCGGAAACUAUUUUCACCGUCCUUCCAGAGCCUCAACACGUCAAAGAUGUCUUCUACGACAUAAUCGACUCGGCCCUGCCAUCAAAGGAGCUCAAGCAGCAGAGACUCUUCAUCGAUUGCUCUACGAUCGACCCCGUCACCUCAAAAGAAGUUGCCCAUGCUGUCCAGAGUCGCGGUCAGGGGUUAUUUGUCGAUGCGCCCAUGUCGGGCGGUGUUGUCGGAGCUCGUGCUGGGACACUGACCUUCAUGGUUGGCUGCCCGGAUUCCCUUGUCGACCGUGUCAAGCCAUACUUGUGUUAUAUGGGAAGCCGAGUGCUGCACAUGGGUGAGCAAGGUGCUGGAUUAUCAGCGAAGCUGGCAAAUAAUUACCUCCUCGCGCUGAGCAACAUCGCCACUGCUGAAGCUAUGAAUUUGGGCAUCAAGUGGGGCCUCGACAAGAAACGGUUAGGAGAAAUGAUCAAUGCUUGCAGUGGAAGAUGCUGGUCGAGUGAAGUGAACAAUCCUGUCCCGGGUGUUAUUGAAAAUGCACCUGCUUCUCGAAAUUAUGCAGGUGGCUUUGGCGUCAGUUUGAUGAGGAAAGAUCUCAAGCUGGCCAUGGCUGCAGCCAAGGAAGCGGGAGCUAGAUUGGAGCUUGCCGACAAAGCACGAGAGGUCUAUGAAGCCAUAGAAAAAGAUGAAGACUACAAGGGUAAAGAUUUUUCAAUUGUAUAUAGAUAUUUAACGGAGCGAUGAUCAAUAUUCAAAGGAGG